AUAUACAAAGCAAACUAGACAGAGCAUAACAUACCAAUGGCUCUGUUACGACCACCACCUACCAUCGCAUUCCACCAGAAACUUCACCACCGUCACCGUCUACCAUGUUCACCAUCGCACCUCUACACCGAGCGAAGAAAGAUUUUACAAUCAAAAACUAGUAUCAUCACAACCACCACCCACGACUAUCGACGAGAAUUGAGAAUUGUAAAUGUGGCGACGGAUCCGGACAGCGAUGGGGAGCGAAGUAGUAUUCUGUUAUCGGAGGUGGUGGAAGAGCAGCCGAGAGAGGUGUGUACGGGUAGGAGGAAAUGGAAUGCUUUGGACAUCACCACCGCCGGAGUGGUGGCGGGAAUGCAUUUGCUAUGUGUUUUUGCUCCAUUUACUUUCAGUUGGGGAGCUUUAUGGUUGGCGUUUGGGUUGUUUAUGGUUACUGGGCUUCUAGGAAUUAGUCUUUCCUUCCAUAGACAUUUAUCACAUAAAAGCUUCAAGAUCCCGAAAUGGCUUGAAUACACGUUUGCUUAUUGUGGAGUUCAUGCCCUUCAGGGAACCCCAACGGAUUGGGUGCGCAUACAUUGGUACCAUCAUCAAUAUUGUGAUUCAGAAAGAGACCCACAUACCCCGACUAAAGGAUUAUGGUUUAGUUACAUGGAUUGGUUGUUUGACACCGAUAGGAUUGCAAAGAUGUGUGGUGACCCAAACAUUAUCAAAGAGAUGGACAAACAACCGUUUUAUAGGUUUCUACGAAAAACUUACAUCUUACAUCCGCUAGCACUUGCUCUUCUUCUGUAUGCACGUGGAGGAUUUCCUUUUAUUGUAUGGGGAGUGGCUAUGAGGGUAGUAUGCUUGUACCACAUGUCAUGGCUAGUGAACGCAGUUUGCCAUGGAUUUGGACACCAAACAUGGGCCACAACUGAUCUUUCUCGCAAUAUUUGGUGGAUUGGAAUACUAUCAUUUGGAGAAGGAUGGCACAAUAAUCAUCAUGCAUUUCAGUACUCAGCAAAGUUUGGUUUAGAAUGGUGGCAAAUUGAUAUGGCAUGGUAUGUGAUACGUUUCCUUGAAACUAUCGGGGUGGCGACUGAUGUUAAACGACCAUACCAAAUUGAUAUUCAAAGAAGGAUAACUUGUUACAAAACUUGA